CCAUCCACUCACUCGCCCCCAACUCUCUUUAUUUUUAUCUACGCCUCUUCUUCAACUCCCGUCACAAACACAUUCCUUUAUUGCGACUUAUUAUCAAUGGCUCACUGGCCCCUUCUGAGGUGAAAUUGGUACAAACAGAGCUCCGCUCAAGGGCUUCCCUUGAACAUCUCUAAUUUCUCAAAUUCACCAUGAAAAGCGGAACGCGCAUCGCAUUAUGCGUUGUGUCAGUUAUCGUCCUCUCUCUUUACCUACUGGAGGCCCAUAUCCAGGAUAUCUGUAACCAAUACCGCGCCGGCGCAUACUUGGUGGAAUGGUGGUAUCGCAAUUCUGGGUCAAACGUGCCUGCGCACCAUGGCACCCCCGACGACAAAGUCAUUGUCAUGGCAAAGCUCGAAGAGGAGGAUACCAAUUGGGUAGGGGAAGAACUACCUGACUGGCAACGCGCCAUCUACAUCGUUAAUCCGUCGGAAGAAACCCGAAACAACGAAAACAUCCUCACAACUCCCUACAACAAAGGUCAUGAAGCUAUGGCCUACCUCACCUACGUGAUCGACCACUACUAUGUUCUUCCUUCCACCAUCGCCUUCCUUCACGCCCAUCGCUCUGGCUUCUUUAUGGCCUGGCACGUCGACGCACCCCUUCACGACAACGUCAUUGCCAUGCAAAACCUCCAAACAGGCUUCGUCGAACAGAAUGGUUACGCCAAUCUCCGUUGCAAUUGGAACCCAGGCUGCAAGGCCGACCACCGCUUCAACUCGCACGUCACCGAUGAGAUCUGGUGGGAUAUUUUCCAGGGCACCAGCACCCCACCACUCAACAUGUCAUCCCCAUACGAGGUCUCUGAGGUGGACCAAAAUUACAUUCGCAAGCCUGACCAGAUCGCCGCAGCCUGCUGUGCGCAAUUCGCCGUAUCGAAGGACCAGGUGCGCAGGCGCCCGCACGAAGACUACGUUCAGUUCCGACAAUGGCUCGUCGACACAGACCUGACCGAUGCGAAAUCAGGCCGUGUAAUGGAAUUCCUAUGGCAUUUCAUUUUCGGCAUGGACUCCGUUUACUGUCCCGACGAGGAGCUUUGUUACUGUCAGGUUUAUGGACAGUGCUGAUUCCUACCGACCCCAUUCCCGCUCUAUCAAGAGCCUGCAUUACAACAACAUAAGCAGCCCGGCUUACCACCCGCCCUUCAUAUUU